AUGGAAUACGAGGUAGGAAUUGAUGAGGCGGGAAGAGGCCCAGUAAUUGGUCCAAUGGUAUAUGCAUGUUGCGGCUGGCCUAUAGCCAACAAGGAAGAAUACAGCAAGUUAGGAUUUGCAGAUUCUAAAGUUUUAACCGAACAGCAAAGAGAUUCUCUAUUUGGCAUAAUCAAAAAUCUAGAGCAUGUAGUUUAUCGUACUAAAGCAUUGAGCAGUGAUAUCAUUUCGACUUCAAUGCUCAGUCGACAAAAAAUAAGCUUAAAUGUCAUAUCCAUGGACAGUGCAAGAGAUUUAAUUCAAGAAUUAUUAGACAGCAAAAUAAAUAUAAAAAAUGUCUAUGUUGAUACUGUAGGCAACCCUGCAUUUUAUCAAGAAAGACUGCAAAAUUCUUUUCCAGGGAUAAAUUUUCAUGUGACAGCAAAAGCUGAUAGCCUUUUCCCUGUUGUUUCAGCAGCAAGUAUAUGUGCAAAGGUUACAAGAGAUUCAUUUAUUAAAGAUAUGGCUGAAAGCCUUGGAGAAAUUGGUUGCGGAUACCCUUCAGAUCCAAUAACCCAGAAUUGGCUGAAAAGUAACAUGGAUCCUGUUUUUGGCUUCAAUUCUCAGCAUAUAAGGCUUUCUUGGAAAACAUGCACAGAUUUAAUGAAAAACUUGCCUCAAGUUAGCUGACCUAUUGAAGCUGAAAAAGAUGAAAAUCAAAUACAAAUAGAGCCAACUAUGCAUCAUUGCUAUUAUUUGCAAGAUUUUUUGAAAUUAAAGCAUGGAUUUAAAUUUUAA